AUGUUGAGGAAAUGUGCGGUUCGGUCUUAUCGUUAUCAGGAGUUUGAGAUGUCCAAAAAUGCAAAAUAUCCGUUUAAUUAUGCUAGAGAAGCCCCCAAUACAUCUGUUUUUCCUCAGUAUCAGUUAAAUUUUUGGAUGUUCUGGGGUUGGGGGCGUCAAGAAUUGUGGAUAGAUAAAGAUACUAGAAAGUAUGAAACAACUUGGGAAAUGCUUCGUCGUUUACUUAUGUGGUUCUUUCCGUGUCUUUUUGUUUUUCCCUAUGGUUUACCUAAACUUAUUGCAAAUAAUUAUUAUGGUGAAUAUGGGGAAAAGCCGUUUUUAGAUUAUACUAUGCAUUUCCCGAUGGAUAAUCAUUAUAUUGAGUGGGGAGGUAGUGUAUUAGAUGCGGAGUGGUUGCGUCAUAUACACUCAAAAGAAUCUUUCUAG